AAAUUGUUAAGGAAAAAAUGCAAAGCAUUUAGAUUUAGUCUUAUUAAGACCUGGAAAGAGGAAAGAAUGACUUUCAAAAACGCGUUACUAUUCCUAGUGUUAGCUAUACUGCAAUUAUCCCAGCAGUUAUCCUUACCUAGUGAUCCUACUUACAAUGCUGGUGUGGUGGAAUUUAUACCAGCCAUGAAUGGCCAAGGCAAAGCUUUAGUUAAAGACAAUUUAAAACGCAUGAAAGCUAUUAUAGAAUCCGAACAAACUAAGGAUUUGGAUAUUUUAGUUUUUCCCGAAUUUGUUUUAAACAAUCUAGAUAUGAUGACUUUUGUGCCAGAUCCCAAGGAUAAUAUUGCACCCUGUGAAUUGCCGAAUUAUGAUUGGUUUCUAACCGAAUUAUCCUGUGCCGUACGCAGUCGUAAAUUGUAUGUUGUGGUUAAUAUAGUGGAAAAGUUUCAAUGUCUUGCCUCAGAGGAACAUUGUGACGAUGAUGGUUUAAAGAAGUACAAUACAAAUAUAGUAUUUGAUCGUGAGGGUCGUGUUAUCUCACGCUAUCGUAAGACUCAUUUGUAUCGCUAUGAAUGGUAUAAGGAAAGUGUUUUGCCACAAGCUGAGUUGGCCACCUUUACCACAGACUUUGGGGUGACUUUUGGUCAUUUCAUUUGUUUUGAUAUGUUGUUCUAUGAACCCGCUAUGGUUUUGAUACGUCAACUGAAUAUAACCGAUAUUGUUUAUCCUACUUAUUGGUUCUCGGAAUUGCCUUUCUUAACGGCUGUGCAACUACAAGAAGGUUGGGCUUUUGCCAAUAAUGUGAAUUUAUUGGCUGCCGAUGGCAGUUAUCCUGCCGGUCAAAAUACUGGUUCGGGUAUUUAUGCUGGUCGCUUGGGUCGUCUUACUGCUGUUAUAUAUGAGCAACCCACUACCCAGUUACUUACAGCGAAAGUGCCUAAACGUCAAAGUUUAUCUAAUUACCAAUUACCUCCCGUGGUUAAACCUUUAUUUGAGCCUCAUUUAGAAAGUGUUCGUUACACAAAAUUGGAUUUAUUACGUGAUUACAAUGUGGAUAUAUUCAAUACCACUUUGCUAGAUGAGUCUUUUACCCAAGUCAAUGAAAUGUUAUGUCAUCAUAAUUUUUGCUGCAGUUUUCAUGUUCAAAGAGUGAAAUUUGCCGAUUCUAAUAAACACAGUACCUACCGCUACCGUUUGGCUGCUUACCAAGGUUCUCAGACCACAUUCCAACGUAUUGAUAGCAGCAAUCAAAGUGUGUGCGCUUUAAUAGCAUGUACUGGUAGUGAGUUGUAUACUUGUGGACAUAUUUUCCCCGAAAGUGUUUUAGUGGGCAAUAAAUACUACUUCAGUACUAUAAAUAUAACUGGCAAUUUUGUGAAAUCCAAUAGACGUUUAAUUAUGCCCAGCACUGUUAAUUCUGUUAUGUUACCUUUGACGGUGGACAGUUUUGAGUGGAAGGAAUUGGACAGUAAUUCUACCACCAACAUACAAAUGAAUUUGCUAGGACCUCAACAGGAUCUCCUAACUUUCGGCAUAUGGGCCAAUUAUUAUAGUACUGUCAAGAAUACACACAACCUUUAUACAGUGACUAAAAACGCACCAAUACCAGUGCACAAUUCGGCUUUUUCGUUGAACACAGUUUUUAAUAAUCUGUUAGUUUUGGGUUUGUUAAUGUUUGUUGCUAACAAUUUGUAAUAACAAACUUAAUUUUAGGAAAUAUUGGUCCUAAAAUAAAUUGUGUAAAGUUUUCACACAAAAAUUUUAAUGUUAUCCUCUUAUUUUGUACUCACUGUAAUCGUAUGCUUGAAAGGGUUUAUAACACUGUAUGCUCUUAUUAAAAAAAAAUACAUGUACUAAUACAUUUUUAAUGUGGAUGUCCUUGUACCUUGACAUA